GUCUCUGACUGCAGGUUUAUUCCUGCUGCCUCUCUCAUAGAGUUUAUUUUGUUCUGAUCUGUUCCUUUUUUAUAGAACUCUCCUGUUUCUCACCUCCUGUUGUUCCUGAACUGUUGCUGCUGUAUUUUUUCCUCAUGUCUUUGGCUGCCUGUUGCAGGUCUGUGUCUCUCUACUGACGUCGCCCUCCUGAACUCCUCACCUGCUCUGGUCUGCGUUACCUUCAAUAUCAGUUCCUGUUCUUGGUCAUGGAUGACUUUGUUUGUAACAAACUGACUGAAUGGGGUCUUAGUGAGCUCAUUGAUAGAUUUAAAGAUCAUAGCAUGGACAAGGAAAGUCUGUAUGAUCUUGAUGAUCAAGACAUUAAAGACUUGAUCCCAGAAGUGGGACCAAGAGCAAAAUUCAAGAAGAGACUGAAGCAGUUAAAGGAAGAACAAAACACAAAUCAGGAAGCAGCAGAUUCUUCUGUUCCAAGUCAACAGGAGCGUGAAGAAGCAGCUGAUUCAGUUCAGGUUUUACCAUCAACAAGUUCUCAAGGGAAGAGAAAGUUGGAUGUUAAAGAUCAAUCCAGCAAAUGGAAAUCACCAAAUAAACGACAAUGUGGCAAUGAAAGACAAUCAUACACAGAAGCAUUCAUACUGUCUGAAGUGAAAGACCUAAUGGAAUUGGUCCUUGAAAGACUACAACACCAAGACAACACGAAGCUCAAUGCUUUCCUGAGGACUAAAAUCCAUGAUUUGGAGACAGACAAGAGGGAACUGAUCGGUGUCUUUGGCAAAACUGGGGCUGGAAAGAGCUCUUUGAUAAACGCCAUCAUUGGAGAGGAGGAUCUGUUGCCUACUGGAGAGAUUGCUGCCUGUACCUCAGUCAUGAUUAAAGUGGAGGCAAAUAUACGUAACUCAAAGUAUGAAGCAGACAUCGAGUUCAUUGAACCAGAGGACUGGAGAGAUGAGAUGUGGUCAAUGGCAGAGUUUCAUGGUAAUAGUAGAGAUCAGGAACAGGAAGAUGAUAAGAAUGGUGACGAUGACGACGACAACAACAGCUACGACUACGGUGAUGACGACGACGAUAACGACUACAAUGAACCCGGUGAUGAUGAAAAGCUGUCAGCGGUGUAUGGAGAGGAAUGGAGGGACAAAACUGAAAACCUCAUUGAAAACAGACAUUUCAAAGAAAUCCCAGAGUUCCUCCAAUCCAAGAAGAAGACUCUGACAUUUCAAUCAGCCAAAGAGCUAUCUGCAAUAUUAGUCAGAUACACAAGAAGUGCCUCCAGUGACGGAGAAGGUAAAGAAGUAAUGAGGUGGUUUUGGCCACUGGUGAAGUGUGUGACUGUCAAGGUGCCAAAUAAUGAUCUUCUCCAACACGUCACACUGGUGGACCUUCCUGGAAACGGAGACCGGAACAAGAGCAGAGACAAAAUGUGGAAAGGGAUUGUUGGAGAUUGUUCUACUGUGUGGAUCGUGACCAACAUUAGUCGAGCAGCAUCAGAAAAAGAAGCCUGGGAGAUCUUGGAGAGUACCUGCAGCCUCAUGGGAAAUGGUGGCCAGUGUCAGCAAAUUCACUUUAUCUGCACCCAUUCUGACCGUAUUGCACGUUCAAAAGAUCAGUGACAUACUGUGUGAAGGUGUGGGGUGUGUGGACGAUGGAGAGGCAUGGUUAAAGUCCCCGGUAAUAAAGAAGAGAGCCUGUGGGUGCUGUGUCUGCAACCUGCUGGUAACUGUGUAGGACAUCACAAGCAGAGUUAGU